AUGGAGCAACGUGAUAUUAUGGACGACGAACCCAUAUAUUCACUACCUGUUACCCCGGAUCACGAAUUAAUGCUGUGGGAAAAAUGGAUUCAGAUACGCCGAGACGAGGUAGUCAGUCUAGGGAAGAAACUGCAAAGACCUCCUAUAGACCUUACAAUGAAUCUUUUGGAAAGAGUUCGGGAGGACAAGGAGCGAAAGAUGGCCCUGGAAUAUGCUCAAAUACCGAAAAAGACUGGUGUUCGAGGGUCUUUGUGGGAUAGACCUCCGAGAUUAAAACAACGGUGUUACUGUGAACCAGUAUAUGAGCUACACAGAACACGAGCAGAAGAAGGUAGUCCAGGAGUAAUCGAACAUAUUGGUGUUCCUACUUAUAUUCAAAGAAAAGAAUUGGGAAUGAUUGGAGAAAGAGAGCGCUCUUCGUUUCCCGACUUGAAUGCUGAGUAUGACAUGUAUAGAGACCAUCGCGAGACAGAGUUGGUGAGAGAGAUCAGAAAAAUUGAUCCCUAUAAGCCAGAUAUCAGCAGAUUAAUGGUGAAAGGCAGAAGACCACCUGAGCCACCUCGAAAAAGGCCCACAAUUCCGGAUAUUAGCGUUCAUGAAGUAGAAUAUGCUUGUGAUGAACCAUUGACUGGAGUCUAUGCUCUUAAAAUAAAUAACACAAUCUUUUACAAAGAAAUACCUGGCCAAAACCUGCAUCAUUUAAGAAAACUUCAAAAGCAAGCUCAAGAUCGUUGUAGAUUUUGGAACUAUUAUUUCAAUGUUCCAGUUAAAAAGGCUGGUAGAUGUAAGCUCUUUCUGCAAAACCUCGGAACUACGACUUUAAGAUACUGUUGGAAAAAAUUGCGACGUCCAUUAACUUUUAUAACUGAAGAGGUAUACGAACAAGUAUUCUUUUUCAAUAAAAAUGAAGAUGUCAUUUGUCCUGGACAAAGCAAAGAGAUAAAUUUUACUUUUAUUGCUGACCAACCCGGAAUCUAUUGGGAAUUUUGGGAAUUUAGCACGCUUAAUGUCACUUUUUUUGACAACGUUACGGACAUGCUUCUUGUUAACUUAUAUGGUGACUCAGUGGAAGACGUGCCAACGUCAAAACGAAAAGUUGAAGUUCUCAAAACAAGAAUUAACAGGAAAGCGCUUAACAACUUCGCGUCCGAAUUUGUGGAGGAAAUAUUUGACAAGGUGUUUGAAGUUGUGCCGCAGACUUAUCCUUACAAGGAAUACUUUGUAGAAGCAGAGAUAUUUGUUAUGAAGAAUCCUGUUUGCUUCUACCAUCAAACUGAGGUUGGCAGAAUGAAAGAUCUGUACACAGAAAUGGUUCCAAAGCAUGAUUGGGAUCUAUCAAUAGGUUCUUGGAGGAGGGCCAUGAUGGCGAAAGAGUUUGAUGAUCGGAUGAAAUAUUACGAGCUAUUGCAAAAAUCUCACUCAGAGGUUUUGAAACCUUGGUAUGAAGGUGAUGGUCUCGCCAAAGAGAAAGCACGCACUGUUAAGUAUUUGCUGGGGCAGUUUGCCGAUCGUUUCGACAGUGAAUAUGCCCGGAUAACAGAUACAUAUAUUUUUAAGACUUCAGAAUCAGGCCCAUUGCGUAGUAAGUCCAAAAUUAAACCAAAGCCUGUUGAUCCUAUCAUUGAGCAAACUAUCAAAAAUGUGUUCUAUGUAUGUAUUUAUGAUCAUUUUGGGACCACAAUUGAGUUGUGCGCUGGCGUGCUGAGUAGUUUGGAUCUUAACAGGUGGAUCGAAUUUGAUUUCUGCCGACGUAUGUAG